AUUGUUAGACGAUUCUAAAUGAGGGAAUCUAUUUGCAACUGUAUCUGAAAGUUAGACAACUAAUUACCAAAUUUUAGGAAAGGUUUCAGUAACAAUCACAAACUUGAGGAGAGUUUUUAACAGUUUAUCAAAAUAGAUGAGAAGCAUGGAGAAAUCAAUGAUGGCGUUACUAAUCGUCGUCAUUGCAGUGAGAAUCCUUUUGCGAGGAGCCACUGCCGUAGAGCCUUCUCCAACUGUGAUUGUUGUUGGUGCAGGAAUGUCCGGAAUAUCAGCGGCAAAAACGCUGGUCGCUGCCGGAAUAAAAAACAUAAUAAUACUGGAGGCAACGAAUCGGAUCGGUGGUCGCAUUUGUAAAACCAACUUUGCGGGGAUGUCUGUGGAGAUUGGAGCUAAUUGGGUAGAAGGAGUUGGUGGUAAUGAAGUCAAUCCCAUCUGGAAGAUGGUGAAUAAGCUUAAGCUUAGAACUUUCGUCUCUGACUAUGAUAACCUCACCGCAAACACAUAUAAACAAGUAGGUGGGCUGUACAAGAAAUCCGAAGCUCAGACGGCUUUUGAUGCAGCAGACAUGCGCUCCGAGUUCAGCAGUAACAUUUCGGUUUCUAUGUCUGCUCAUAGACAGGAGGACAUCUCCAUCUUGACGUCCCAACGCCUUACAAACCAGGUUCCGUAUACGCCGAUCGAUAUGGCGGUGGACUACUACACCUACGAUUACGAGUUUGCAGAGCCACCGCGGGUGACGAGCUUGCAGAACACGGAACCACUGCCGACGUUUUCGAACUUCGGAGAGGAUCUCUACUUCGUCGCAGAUCCCAAAGGUUACGAGACCGUCGUUUACUACAUCGCUAAGCAAUUCCUAACUACCGAUGCCGCCGGCGUCAUCACCGACCCUCGUCUCAAGCUUCACAAGGUGGUGACAGAGAUACAACAGUCGCCAAGUGGGGUGAUUGUAAAGACGGAGGAUGGUUCAAUCUACAGAGCUGCAUACGUAAUGGUCUCCGUCAUCAUCGGUGUGUUGCACACCAAUCUCAUCAACUUUCACCCUGAUUUGCCGGAUGUAGUUUAUAGAGGGGCUACUAAUAGACUAUGGGGAACUGUCAUUCAGAAUUCUGCGUUGAGUUGCAGUGUACUUAACCCUUUAAUUAAUCAAUGGAAGAUCCUGGCCAUAUACCAGUUUGAUAUGGCAGUUUAUACCAAAAUAUUCAUCAAAUUCCCUUACAAAUUCUGGCCCACUGGAAAUGGCACCGAGUUCUUCUUGUAUGCUCAUGAAAAGCGCGGUUACUACACGGUUUGGCAGCAAUUGGAGAGGGCGUACCCAGGAUCCAAUGCUCUUCUGGUAACUGUUACUGACGAUGAAUCCAGGAGAAUAGAACAGCAACCGGAUUCUGAUACUAAGAAGGAGAUCAUGGAGGUAUUGAGAAACAUGUUUGGGAAGAAUAUACCAGAGCCUACAGACAUAUUGAUUCCAAGGUGGUGGUCCAACAGAUUCUACAAGGGAACAUUCUCAAAUUGGCCAAUCGGGGUUAACCGCUUCGAGUAUGAUCAGAUAAGGGCACCCGUUGGAAGGAUCUACUUCACCGGCGAGCACACUAGCCAACACUACAAUGGUUACGUGCAUGGAGCCUACCUUGCAGGUAUUGAUGCUGCAAAGAUAAUGAUCCGAUGCAUCAAGGAGAAAGAUUGCAAGUACAAUGUCAUGCCCAAAGGCACUUGAAGUUUGGAUUGAAGGUGUUCCGUCCCUGUUCCCUGUUUCCCAAGAUAAUAAAGUACAGUAUCUCUAUUUCUAGAGCUGUAUCAUGUAUGUAUGUUAAUGGUGAUAACUUACAUAUAGAUCGCCUAUAUGCCCUAAUUUGUACUU